GGUGUGCAAAUUGCUCAAGUCUGGGUCAUAUUCAAGCUUCCUGAUUACUUUGGUAACUACCUGCAUCCCCUCAUCUAUGUUGAAUGGUUUACAGUGCUCCACCACCAUGAUCCUGCCUCUGGUCUGUACAUUGUCACUCAUUCAACACAUCAU